AUGUCAAGGGAUGCUAUAGUUGAUAAACAUGGGACCCACAUCAAAGGACCGCUGGUUUUCAGGGGAUAUGGUAGCGUGAAUGUUAGUGGUGCCAACACCGGACACACUUUAAAAUGGACGUUGGAAGAAGACGAGCCCAGCCCUAUAGUAUCUGGCGGUCCACUGAGAGGGAAUUACAGCUUUGUACAGUUUCAUCUGCACUGGUUAUCAGAACACGCCAUUGAUGGAAUGAAAUAUCCGAUGGAAAUACAUAUGGUGCACAUGAAGACUGGUCUAACCGCUGAAGAAGCAGUAGAAAGACCUGAUGGCAUCGUUGUUAUCGGGAUUCUUUGUCAGGUACACAGUGGCGAAGAAAGUGAAUUUGCUUUGGGAGAAAUACAGCCAGUUCUUCCUCAACUCAUAGAGCGUAGUGUGGGCGCUGUACCGCCGACUGUGUUGGACCUCACACGUCUCUUCAGCCCCAACAUGCAAUCUUUCUACACUUACCACGGCUCGCUGACCACGCCUCUCUGUCAGGAGGUGGUAACUUGGCUAGUUAUGGACAAACCACUCAUCAUAUCUGAUACCCAGUACAAACUCUUCAGUAAAGUAGACGUCGGCGGCAUUGACAAUUACAGAAGUCUUCAAGCAAACAACAGAGUUAUUUACCGCAGUAUAGCUUCCAGUUCAUCCAUAGCUCUACCCAGCACUAUUGGCCUGCUAGCUUCGUUAUUCCACCUGUCUUCAGCUAUGACAAUGGUAUUCAGUAAAGGCGUAUGCACACUCGUUAAUAUCAAAAAGAAAUUCUUUGGACAGAAAGUCAAGGAAUGCAAAUCUGAUUAG